AUGCACGCAUGCUCACUCUUCCUUGCCGCUACCUUCGCCCUAGUCACUACCAUCACGGCCCUCCCGCACCGGAAACGCCUGGCUGAGAACGAACCCUGGCAUCUCACAAAUCUUGCCGUCUUUACCAGUUCCAAUGGCCUCAGGAACGGCUCCAUCUCCUUCAACUUGGUAGACAACAAUGUCGGUCUGCAAGUAAACACCUUUUGCUUUCGCUCCGUUGCUAGCUCUGUAGAGGAUGGAGGUAGUUUCUAUCCAUGCGGAAACAAGGACUUUAACUUCAGAUGGGAUGGUACGACUUUACGCUUGCAGAGGAGAUAUAUUGAUUCGAAUGUUGGACCUUGCCCAUUGUAUUGUACUGUUACUGCCUAUGGCAAUGGCACACCUAAGCUUUUUGUGGACUAUGUUGGAGAAGAUGGCAAUGGCGCUCGUCAAGAUGCUCUGGAUAUCUUUAUUACCGAGAUGGUUGCCUGA